AGGCACGACUUGCUUUUCAUUUCAACUCAAUCCAACGCCAUCAACAACUAACCCAUUAGCUCUCGGUGAUGAUGAAAGCGAAUAACUUUUCUGUAUGUAGUGUGGCCCUUGAAGGUUCCUUCAAAGGCCAUAGUUUCCCCGAUUCGUCGGUUUAGCAGGUCUUCAACGGCAAGCGCCCCUGCAAAUCCUUUUUCCCCUUUUUCGGCUGGCAAAUCUCCUAUAAUUGCCCCCGUCCCAGACUCUCCACCUACUACCAUAUUUGGCCGAAGUUUAGCAGAAUGAUCGGUUUCUCACUGGAAACCAGAUUUGUUCUCCUGCUGUUCCUGUUUCUUACCCCGCAGUGUCUUCAUCAUAGCGAUGGUGUCUCCCCUGUUCUUGCUGCUCCAAGCAUCCCGCAGAACGAUCUCAACCCUGAAGGGAAGUUACCCGUUUCGACGAUGAUCAAGACUGGAACGGUAUCCUCUGUAAACAGACGUGGCGGUGGAGGCCACGGAAGCGGAGGUCGUGGUGGGCGAGGCCGCGGCGGUGGCGGGGAAGGAAGAGGAAGAGGUGGGCCGGGGAGCAUGAUUCCACUAUAUGCUGGGGGGGCGGCUGGGGCCGGAGCCCAUGGCCACCACAAUGGCGCAGCCCUGAAUCCAAUACACAAUCUGGGUCUUGCAUUGCUCUUGGCUCUCCCCUUACUGUUCAAGUUUUUUGCGUAGAUUUUUUUUUAAGGCAAGUACUUUGCGUAGAUGAUCAUGAUGUGCAGCUAGGGUUUGGUAAAUGGAAUAUCAACGGAUUCACAAGAUGUUGGACUUGGGUGCUCGACCGAUAUAACAAAAAAAAAAAUAUAUGGUGGUGUAUGCAUCAAGUUUUAACAUUAGUUGACAUGUACAUUAAGAGCAAGAUUUAUCCAACAAAACGGUAAAAAGUUCGAUUGUCCGAGCGACUUCCAUAUCAUAUUAAGAUAGGAUACUGUUGGGUCUAGUAUUAACCCGCCUAAUACGGACCCAAACCCACCACAAAGCGUCUCGCCUUGGGCCCAAGCCCAUUCUAGGGUCCAGUACACCGGGAGGCGUUCACCACCGGAAGGCCUCUCUUUUACCACUUAUGGCUCUCUCUCUAAACCCUAUAUCUCUCUACAUUCUCUACACUCUAUCAUAUAUCCUAUUCUAACUUCACCGUCGGAGUGUAGAUCACGGGGACCGCCCCCGACUCUCCACAGGAUUCUUCCACUCCCGAGGAGAUCAAACGAGGGAGUCCGGAUCAAGGUUCCACAAUAAUCCCCCGGUACUAAU